AUGUCUAAGGUCCACGCGUGCGAUAUCUCUGUCUUCUUCAUCGUGUCGUUGAAAAUUAUAGGCUGUUACGUAGAUUCGAACGGUCUUGACGUUUCUGCAGAGACCGCUACCAGGCCGCCGCCACCAAAGCCUGGAAGAUUUGUUGAGGGGAAAAGUAUCCCUUUUGGACCUACUUUUGGAUCAAUGGAUCAGAAAUCAAUUCUGAAAGCAAAAAUUAUAAUUGAUCAGCUAUUUGCUGUCAGGCGAAAGUUGGAGUAUCCGUCUCUUGUUCAACUUCCUCUGGCCUCCUCUGCCGGAAUCGGGAAAUCCCACCGCAUCGUCUCAAAUCGUAACAAAUUCGAGGGAAACAGUGUACAGUGCACAAAGGAAGCAUCGAAUAUUUCCAUUCAAAUUAAUACAAAGGGAAACAACGUGGUUGUACGUGAAAAAAGGGCUCGAAGAAGCCUGCGACUACGGCGUGAGGAGUUCGCGGGGCCCUCCUCAGAAAGAAGGGGCUCCGCACGAGAAGGGGCACGUAAACGUACCCCUGGACCCGUCGUGGUGUUGUCCGCCGGGGGUGGCGGUGGCGGCGGGGGUGGAGGUGGGUGCAGACGACGUGAUUUGGAACGACGCGGGGCAGGAGGUCGAGGGGCUCCCUGCCUUGCCACCAUCAGCUCCUCUGUUGCGGGGAGCGCUGGGGGUUGUGGCCCUGUGGUGGGGCUCCCCUCCUAUAAAAAACGUCAAGGUAGCGGUACCACCUGGGGUCGAGGUAGCCGUGGACGUGGCAGGGAUCGCGGGGGCGGCGCGAAUCUCAUCGGUUCAGGCGUCGCCCCCGCGAAUUACUCUUCAGCAUUGCAAGGCGUAGCGCCUGAACUACGGGAAGUUGUGAAUAUCCUUGGUGAAAGGAAUCAAGUUGGCACACUAACGGGCGUGGGACCACCACCGGAAGCUUUGGACAACGACAGCCAGGGUGACGAGGAAGAAGGUACCACCAUCAAAAGGCCGCCCAGACCACUCUACAGGAGGCUGAUCAAUUACAUCCGACAGGCUUGGACCGGCGUCAAAUUCGCUCUAGACUCUGAAUACGAAGAGGAACAGACGCCACGAUACAGACCUGACUCUUUGGCGAGUCUUUGUCGGGCAACAAGAUUCACCGAGGCAGAGCUGAAGAGAAUAUAUCGUGGCUUCAAGGCAGAAUGUCCCACGGGAGUCGUCAGGGAGGAAACUUUCAAGUGCAUCUACUCACAGUUCUUUCCGCAAGGAGCCAAUACUAGUCAGUACGCCCAUUACGUUUUCAACACCUUGGACCAGGAUCAUAGUGGUAUUCUCAGUUUUGAGGACUUUGUGAUUGGCCUCAGUAUACUGUCGCGUGGUUCUAUCGACGAGAAACUACGCUGGACGUUUUCCCUUUACGAUAUCAACGGCGACGGCUGUAUCACGAGAGAAGAAAUGACGGACAUCGUGACAGCCGUAUACGAGCUGAUGGGGAAAUUCGCUGAUCCAAAUCUGGAUCACCAGGGCGUACGUGAGAAAGUAGAUCGAAUGUUCCAGAAGAUGGACGGUAACAAGGACGGCGUGGUGACGUUGUCAGAAUUUUUAGAAGCUUGCCAAGCGGAUCCGGAUAUCUCCACGAGUAUGGCAGCAUUAGACACGGCCUUCUGACACUCGGCGCGACCACGAUACACUCCAUGGACCUGAAGAGAUUACUCGACGUUUUCUUUUUCGGAAUAAAUCGCUCAACGUUGUACCUUACCUUCUGGACCAGAUGCAUUUCUCCUCAAGGUGUAUCACGAAGAUCUCGAGCGACAACGAGAGUCAUCGUGAAUUUCAAAAGGGGGAUUUGGUCGACUCGUUCUUCAGAGGAAACAGCACACACAUUUGUCUCUUACAACUCGGUAGGAAAGAAAAGAAUGAUCGAGGAGUAAAAAGGUCGCGUCACAAGACACCCGGAAACUGUGUCUAAAAGUCGACCCAGAGAAAAGAAUAGAGAUUGUUCUUUCGAGAAUCCGUAGUUCUAGUUCUACGUAUGCGUACCGCUAGACGAGAAAGGGUUAGUUGAACGAGAAUUUAUUAAAAACCAAAAAAUUACCAAAAAAAAAAAUAAAGUAACGCAGAAGAACGAUAUUAACAUGGUUGUUAGUAGUUACGAGUGGAUAAUUAUUGUUACGAACUUGUAGUUCGUUUUUA